AUGGCUCCGGCAAACCUUAGCGAAACAGCAAAGACGUUCCGUGAUCUCCACCGUCCAGGCCGACCUCUCGUGCUGGCCAACGUGUACGACAUCCUCUCGGCCAAGACGGUGGCCGGCCUUCCAAGCUGCCACGCCCUCGCGACGGCGUCUUACUCGGUCGCGCUCGCGGCCGGCACGACGGACGACGAGCUGACAUUGGACCAAAACAUCGCCGCGGCGCGACAGAUUGGCAAAGUGGCCGCCGCCCACGGCAAGCCCUUGACCGUCGACUUACAGGACGGGUAUGGCGACCGACUCGCGGACGCGGUCCGGCAGGUCAUCGCCGCCGGCGCCGUGGGCAUCAACCUCGAGGACUACGACAGGGAGGCCAAGACGUUCUACUCGGUCGACGAGGCCGCGGCGCGUGUGCGGACCGCCGUGCAAGUCGCUGGGGAUGCCCCGGGUGCUGGGCUGCGUGACUUUGUGGUCAACGCGAGAUGCGACACGCUCGUCCAAGGCGGCGAGCUCGCCGAGGUCAUCGAGCGCGGGAAGAGGUAUCUGGAUGCCGGCGCGACGAGCGUGUUCGUGUGGGGCGGCAGGCAGCGCGGCGUCAGUCGUGCCGAAGUCGAGCGGCUGGUCGCGGCCUUUGACGGGCGGUUGAGCGUCUCGUUCAAGUGGGAGGAGGGGCUCACGGUGGCCGAGUUGGCGGCGAUAGGUGUCGCGAGGAUCAGUGUGGGCCCUGCCAUCAUGUUCUUCGCCAUGGCAGAGUAUGAGCGGAGGGCGAGGCACUUGCUUGACCAGGCGCAAUACUGA